GAACAGACGACGAGAGGAAGACACACAACUCACUGUGCAACAAGAGGACAGUCCAUUUUAAUAAUGAUCUUUUGUUGAAGGAUGCCUUACUUCUGAAACGUCGAUAGUGUGCAGUGACAUAGCCAUGGAGGAAAGCAUGCAUGUGGUGGCGAGCACCGCCCUGGUGGCUCCGAUAACAGCACUGGAGUUCAUGGGAGAGGACUAUCUACUGACAGCUGAAGGGCCAGUGCUGUCUCUAUACAGCCUUCACACUAAACCCAAUCUAUAUGGGUCUCUCGGCGCACUGAACAACUACCGCAUCCAUGGAUUUAGACCCAGACCACUGUCGGACCACUGUUCAGAAAAACAUCACAAUGGUGCAACAUCAGGAGCGUGGGACCAAGGAGCGGAAAUCAUUGUGUUUGGAGGAAAGGGCCUACGGCUGGUUUCGUUUACUCCCCAAAGCGGUACUCUACAACUUAGUGGCCCACUCAUGGAGCUCCCUGACUGGCUGCUGGAUGUGCAAUGGCUGGGAGAAGACUCCCAGCCCUCCUCCUCUCUACUGGGUGUGGUGGUGGCACAUAACACCGCACUCCUGCUGGACGCAAAGACGGGCACCGUGCUCAGCCUGCGCUCUUGCCAGGAGGUGUGUCUCCUCUAUUCCGGCCUUCUGAUUGGCUCGCUCUGGGAGUCGGCCAUUCUGGUUGGUGGGACCGUCUUCAACCAGCUCGUCCUCUGGAGACCAGGGGCCUCCAGCACCCCCAUGGGUGCCCAGGCCAAGGCAGCCCCGGUGGAGAGACGUCUCCUGGGCCACAGCGGAGUGAUCUUCAGCCUUGCCUACCUCCCUCAGUCUGGGCUUCUGGCUUCUGCGUCAGACGACCGCAGUGUGCGGGUAUGGAGUGUCGGAGAACUAGGAGGGUCCAGGGGUUGUGGGGAGGACCUUGAGACGGUAUGCCAACGGGUUCUGUACGGGCACCAGGCGCGGGUUUUCUGUGUGCGCCUGGCACAGACGGGCGCCGUGUUCAGUGCCGGGGAGGACGGGGCCUGCGUCAUGUGGGGUGUGGAGGACGGUAGAGUGGAGCGCAGGUUCAAAGGUCACCGUGCUGGGGGCGUGAGGGCACUGGCCGUCAGCGAGAAGCAGCAUUGGGUGGCCACAGGAGGAGCGGAUGGAGGGGUCCGCAUCUGGAGAGUGAGAGAGGAGGAGGAGGAGCAGGAGGAGGAGGAGCAGGUGGCAGAGAACCCAGCCAGAGAGGACCGAGAGGUGGACGGGGUGGUGGAUUUAGAGUUUACAGGCGAAGGCUCCCCCAAGGCUGUGUGUCUGGUGGAUGUCAUCACAGAGGGGGAUACUGAGGUGGGGGUGCUAGUGUGCACCGACCAGGGGAGAGUACAUCUCAAAAAACAGGGCCAGGAGGACUGGAGGUGUGUGUGGAAGGGCGACUCUGAAUUCCAGUCCUACUGUGUGAUGGAGACUGUGGAUGUGCGUGGGAAAGGGUGCUUGUGUGCUGUCGGGAACCUAAGCGGCCAGGUGUGUGUUUUCCCUCUCGCGGAUCCCAAGAGGAGUGUCAUUUUGAAUGCGGGGGCAGGAAAGGUGCACAGUUUGCAGUGGGUGCGGUCGAAACUGGACAGUCGGGGUGAAGACGUGUUCCUAUUGGCCUCAGGGGCAGAGGGGAGGGUCUACCGCUGGAAAGUAGACAUACAUAUGGAUAAGAAUAUAGAUGGCGUGGGCAAUUUUUCCUUAACGUUUACACGGCUUCAACCGUUCCUCCUCCCGCCCUGUGCCAAACGCUGGCUGACUGCAGCGGUGACACUAACGCCUGCUAGUGGCCAAAAGGGCAAUGGCCGUUUCAGUGGCGAUAUGGUCUGGGUGUGUGGAGACAGGAGAGGAUCUCUACUGCUUUACCGCGAACAGGGGACCAGUGGUGAGGAACACUCAGGGGUGCCGCGGAGAGACCCAGGAACAAACGAAGAAACAGAGGACUCUGUGAAUGACAUUACAAAAGGAGGCGAAGAUAUUAACGCUGAUGGGAAAGAGAAAGGAGACAUGGGGCAAGACCCCAUGGAGCCGGCGUGCGUGCAGUUUGGGGUGCACGGCAAGCAGGGUGUCACCAGCGUGUACGAGCGCGACGGGCUGUGUUACAGCACCGGCAGAGACGGCUUUGUCAGAGUCCUGGGCGUCCACCGUGGGGACGCGACGUUGACCGUCCAGAGAGCCCAGCGGGCCGCCAAAGGCAUGGAGUGGCUGGAGAGGGUUCUCUUCCUGGAAGAAGGGAUGGAAAACGGGAAUAAUUUCAGAGAAAUGGGCCCUGUGGAGGAUGGAGGAGGAAGAGGAGAAGGAGGGAUGGAGAGAUUGAACACAGGGAGAGGAGAGGGAGGGGAAGGCAGAGUUUUAGCAGAGGCAAGGUUUGCCCUGGUGGGCUUCCGGUCCACCAGUUUCGUGGUAUGGGACCCGUUGAGGCAGGAGACCCUGCUGUCGGUGCCCUGUGGUGGGGGUCACCGUUCCUGGGGGUACCGGCCCCCCCAAAACCAACACCACCACCGCAACCACCUCCAGUCCAACCAGGAUGCACACAGUACCCACCACCACAACUCUGACAGGAAUGCCCACAAUGCCACCACCACUACCACCCACGUUGCCAACGUGGGGGCCGGGCUCCUGGUGUUCAUCAAGCAAGGCGCCGUGCUGGCUCGCUACCCUCCUACACACGCCAGGAGGGGCGCCAGCAUGGCCGCUGGGCAGAGCCUGCGCGAGGGCUUACACGGCCGGGGGGUGGGGUGUCUGUGCCGGCUGGGGACGCUGGGGGAGCAUUGGGAAGUGCUGGCUACAGGUGGAGAGGACACUUGCGUGAGCAUCCUGUCUGUGCACUCCCAAUCCGGGGCGGUGCGAGUGCUGAGUGUGAUCACUGAUCACAUCUCCAACGUGCGAGCGCUAACUGCGCUGAGGAGGGAUGGGGUGCACUCUUCCUCCUCCUCUUCUUCUUCAUCCUCCUCUUCUGGUAUCUCCUGUCUGCUCUUCUCGGCCGGUGGGAGGGCCCAGCUACAGUGCUACCGUCUCCUGAUUGGUUGGGACGGGGAAGGAGGCCCGCCCACCUGUCAGGUCAGUCAGAUCGCCAGCCACCGGUUGGACGAGCAGUGGGAGCGCAAGAGGAAUCGACACAAAACAGUCAAGAUGGACCCAGAGACCAGGUACAUGUCUAUGUGUGUGGUGCAGGACAGUCCAGACAGAGUCCUCUUGGCACAGGCUUGCAGCGAUGGAGCCGUGAGGUUGUUUGGUGUGUCGGAGCGGGUGGGUAAAGUUGAGUUGCUUUGGGAGUGCCAUUACCACCAGAGGUGCGUUCUCAGCAUCGCCUCCCACUGCCUGAGGAGCUCAGCAGGACAGCGGUGUGUGUUGGUGUUGAGCGCGGCCACUGAUGGACGUGUGUGCGUGUGGGACUGGACCUCCAUCUUGUCCCUGGCUGAUGCGGGGGCCCAGCACCGCUGCUGGGAAGGUCCCUCGUCUCCUUGCUUCACCGUGCCCAUUCACCAGAGUGGAGUAAACAGCCUCGCUGUGUGGGAGGAGCCAGGGGCGGAGUCACAAGACGGGCGCCUCCUCUCAUUGGUCACUGGAGGAGACGACGGACAGCUCUCCGUGCUCCUCCUCAAAGCCACCUUUCCUCUCUCACCUCAACCAGGAGAAGAAGGUGCAUCACCAGCGGGCGUGUCCCUGGAGCUUCUCUCCCAUUGGUCAGAGCCGUUGGCCCACGCCGCGCCCCUGACGGCCUUGCAGGUGAUUGACAAGACUCUGAUCGUCUCCACCUCGCCUGACCAAAGGGUGUGUGUGUGGAGCGUGUCCAGGGAGAAGGACGGCUCCACCAGGCUCCGGAGUCUGGCCACCGCAUUUACACACACGGCUGAUGUGGCCGGGCUGCAGCUGUGGCCCAGGCAAGGGGCUGGGGCUGGGGCUAGGGCUGGGGUCUGGGCUGCGGUGUGCGGCCAGGGCCUGGAGCUGUUGAGCAUCACUCCUGGAGGACACGAUGAUGAACAGAGGGACAUGGUUUCCAAAAAGCUACAGGAGCGUUUGAAAGUGCCUUUCAAAACAAAUGGUGAAAAGGAAGUGUGUUUAUGAAAAGCUGGAUCUUAAAUGGUGCACUUGUGCACUUCAGUAUUCAUGUUUUAUUGUGUAUGGCGUAUUUAUUAUGCACUAACACAUAGUGCCCGAGACAUAGCAUAAGAAGGACUUAAAUGAACAUGAUAUGAAGCCCUCGCACAGAGUGUGUUAGAUUGAAAUACUACCAGUCUUUCAGGCCACAGGACUGGGAAUUUUUGAGCAUCACCUUUGGAGAACAUGAUGCGGAAAGAUAUGGGUAUAAGGACAGAUGAACGCGACUCUAAUAAGCUUCACAACCGUUUGUGAGUGACCUUCACCAGAAAUGACAAAAACAAGACAUAAACAACCAACGUUUGCACUCAAAACAGCUUAGAUCAGCAUCAUUUGAGAUAUGAAGUUUACAUAGUAAAGUAUUGGAUUCAAUCACCACCACAAAUGAAAAGUUUAAAUCACACGUUUGAAGUUACAUGACACAAAAAUAUUUGUUUGAAAGUCCUGACAUUGAACCACAGUGUUUUAAAAACAUUUAAUCACUACCAGUGAUACAGUGCUUUAGGCCACAUUGCUCCGUUUUCCAAAUACUUUUAUCCAGUGGAGGUCUGUGUGUUGACUGUUAUUCAUUUUCACCAGAAAUCGGGACAUUGGAAUUGACCUCUAGACACAAACGGAUUGCCAAGGUCAGUAUGUAGAGUUGGUGUGAAAAUAAACUGUGUCAUGAUUGCUGGGCAAUCGCAUGAUCGCUUGAAUUCAAAUAAUCUAAACAUGUUUUAAAAAGAAUGCAAUAAAGAAUUCUUUAUUUUA